GUUUAUACUGGCCCGGCAAGAGGGGAAAAGUGUCCGUUGCUCUCAGGCUGGAAGUCUCACAGUUCCCAGCUUCAAACCGUACCAGUACAGAGGAAGCGCGCGCAGCAUCGGCACACACACGACCAUCUUCGAGGGAGAUAUUACCUACGGCACGCAGGACGGAGAACUCUCCAAUCACCUUCCGCGCCUGUAUUCUUUUUUUUCCCCUCUUCACAUCGCUUUCAAGUUUGAACCUCGUCUUCGUAUCAGAAUAGUCUGAACGUGUACAACGACGAGUCGACCAACUGCACGCGGCGUUACCAAAAGCAUAUAUAUUUUUUGUGUACCAUCUACGCGCAGGAGUUUGUUGCUCCCCAUUAGGAGUCCAGGGUGAAAAAGUGACAUUAUUUUCCGAGGGAGCGACAUGGCGUCGAGGACUCGAGCCCUUAAUCAGGUUCCCAGCAACCAGGAAAAUACGAAAAAUGUGAAAUCUGUGACAACGGUACCUGGACAGAUAAGAAGAGCUGCUCUGGGAGAAAUUGGCAAUAAAGUUGUUAUCCAAAGAAUAAAUGAACUGACAGGAAAGUGUAAUCUAAAGGACGGCAAAACUUUGCUGAAAAAACCAUUGGUAACACGACAGAUUUCCGUUAAGGUAGAGAAAACUGAAAAGGCUGAAAAAUCAGUGCCUCCCAAGCAAGUCCAAGUGCCAGCAGUGAAACCAACUGUCAAGACUGGAGCGCACAUCAAUAAUGUACAUCAGCCUGCAACCGGACCAACAAAAGCGGAAAUCGAUACCAAUGACAACAAAACGGAAGUUAUUGUUAGUCCAUCAAAGAAGGACACUGAUAUUUCUGAUCCAGUUUUGGUUGAGGAUAUUGACGAAGAGGAUAAAAACAAUCCUAUUCUCGUUUCCAUCUACAGUAAUGAUAUAUACAAACACUACCGGAUGUUAGAGGAGCAGUUUCCAAUAAAAAAGAAUUUUCUACAGGGUCAGGAAGUCACUCCAAGGAUGAGGUGCGUGCUCAUUGAUUGGUUAAUCGAGGUCCAUGAACAGUUUCACUUAAUGCAAGAGACUCUGUAUCUAACGGUUGCUAUUAUUGAUCGAUUUUUACAGGUUUUCAAGAUGAUCACUCGCAAAAGGCUACAAUUGGUUGGUAUAACAGCUAUGUUCAUAGCUAGCAAGUAUGAAGAAAUGUACUCUCCAGACAUAAGCGAUUUUGUGUACAUUGCUGACAAUACUUACACAAAAGGUGAAAUCUUGCAAAUGGAAUUGAUCAUUAUAAAAAGCCUUGAUUUCUCAUUUGGAAGACCUUUACCUUUACACUUCCUCAGAAGAUACAGCAAAGCUGGAAAAGCUUUACCAGUUCACCAUACACUGGCUAAAUACUUUUUGGAGCAGUGUUUAGUACAUUAUGAAGUCUGUCACUACCCUCCUAGUUUGAUUGCAGCUGCUGCAUUGUAUCUGUCUAUCUUGAUGCUAGGAAAUGAUUCUUCUCAAGAAAACGAAGUCAUAUGGACUAAGACUUUGGUGCACUACAGCACAUACAAGUUGAAUGAUGUAUUGCCUGUAGUGUCGGAAAUCGCUACGCUGAUAAUCAACUCUGAAAAAAGCAAAUUCCAGGCUGUGAGGAGAAAAUAUUCCCAACCAAAACACUUGGCCGUCAGCGUCCGACCCGAACUAAAGUCUCCAACAUUAAUCAAGCUAUCUACCUAGGUCAAUUACAUGCAGUCCUAUAUCAUUAUCUCUUUGUAACAUAGUACAAUUCAACCCUACAUUUAGUUGCGAUGCAUGAAAAUUUGAUAAUAGAAAUGAAUGACUUAUUGUUGGUGCCGUUUAGGCAGUAUAAACAAACAAGAAAUUGUCAGAAUGAGUAGGUUACAGUUAUACAUCUGUGCCAUUGUCAGGAGAAAGUCUGACUUUAAAAACUUGUAAAGUUGAUCAGUGAAAAAGUAUUAACAAAUCAAAAUUAUUCAUGAGCUAGAGCCACAGGUGUAUUUUAUAACGUAAUUUUUAAUACCUUUUUUUUAGUACUUUUCAAUUAUACCCUGUUUUUUUAAGUACAGUAUAAUUAAAUAUUUUGAUAAACAAUUAUAUAUUUAAAAAAAUUUAAGUUUAAAUUAUUAAAACACUUAUGGCUGCUAUAUGGUGUCAAUUUCAGUGUGCAUUAUAAAGCAGUUGGUUUUAACUACUGUUCCAACGAAAAAAUGACAACUCUUAUCAUUUUUGUGUAUUUUUCAGUUUGAUAAAAUAUUUUUAGAUCGUUGAAUUUAAUAUAUUGUCCAUAAUAUUUUUUAAUUAAUAUUGCUCAUUUUUAAACGAACUGUUAAAGUAUUAAAAUUUCGAUAUAUUCAGAUAAGUUUUUCCAACGCGCAAUCGACAUCGCCUUAUCUAAAUUAGAAUAUUUGAAAAAAAAUUCGAAAAAUCCUUAUUACAGUUAAACUGAUAUCUAAAAAAAGAUGUUUUUUAAAUGCACGUUUGAUUCUAAGCAUACGUAAAAAAUAUGAAUUGAAUGCCAGUUUCUACUGAAACUUUCAUAAUAUAUGUUUGCAAUAAUAAAUUGUGAUUUAUGAUAGAAUCGAUUCUCACUUCAUUGAAAUCUCUUGUAUAGUUUUACAGUUUUUAAAGCAGUGAGUGCAGUGACCGAACACUUGAUGUGUGUGAGAAAUUUUCUAAUGUAAGUUUGAUUGUAAAUAAAAUCGCCAAUCAUACUA